AUGUGCUCGACCGUCGGGCUGCCGCCGGCGGGCGCCUGCCUGGCUUUCCGGGUGACCCGGGUGGACACCCCCCGGCCCGGCUCGGUGCUGGUCAAGCUGUGGGGCCGCUUCCAGCAGCGGGAGAGGCAACCCGAGUACCAGCGGCUGCACAGCGACAUACAGAGCUGGGCCAAGGCGGCCCGGCUGGGCGUCGGCAGCGGGCGGGGCGCCCAGCCGGCCCCCCCGUUGGAGACCAACGAGCGGUGCCUGGUGGACACGGGCGGCGAGUGGCACCGGGCCCGCGUGCUGAGCCGCGUGGGCGACGAUUACACCGUCUUCACCCUGGACGAGGGCCGGGCGCUGCCGGUGCGGGCCCGAAGCCUGGACCGAGGUAAGAAGGAGUUCUUCCAGCUGCCGCCCGAGGUGGUCUGCUGCAUCCUGGCCAACCUGGUGCCGGCGGCCGGCGCGACCACCUGGUCGCCGGGCGCGCUCUCCUUCUUCCGGGCCCUGCAAGGCCGCACCCUGGAGGCGCAGGUGGAGGCCGUGCUGCCCAACCGCCUGGUGCUGAUCGAGGUGGCGCGGGUGUCGAGGCAGCUGUGCGAGCUGGGCCUGGCCCGGCCCAUCGACCCGGCCGCCUUCCGGCUGAUGGUGGAGAUGUCCACCUCGCGGCCUUGCGGAGCGGGCGGGGCCGCCGCCACCGCGACGCCGCCGCCGCCGCUGUCCUUCAGGAAAGAGCGCGUCCCGGUACCGCCCGGAGGCGGCGCCGGUCCCACCAGCGAAGCGCCCUCCGCCUCGGGCCCGGCGGGUCACCUGCCCGGCGAGGCGGGCUACAGCCUCAACUACUUCUACCCGCUGCUGCAGGUGGACGAGACGGUGACGGUGCGGGUGACCCACGUGCGCUACCCGGACCGCUUCUUCUGCCAGCUGCGCUGCCACUGCCCGGAGCUCGAGCGGCUGCACGACAGCAUGCACCGUUACUAUGACAACAGUCGCGCGGCGCCAGCGGCCGGCCCGGUUCCAGGGGCAGCUCCGGACGCCCCGCGCCGCCUCGGCUCGCCCUGCGCCGCCAAGAGCGCCGACGGCCGCUGGUACCGCGCGCUCGUGCAGCAGACGCUGGCCGACGGCGUGCUCGAGGUCUUCUACGUCGACUACGGCGACCGCGAGGUGGUGCCGGCCCGCGCCGUCCGCAAGCUCAGCCCCGGCUACUUCAAAAUGCCGGUGGUCACCUACCCGUUCGCGCUGCGCGACGCCUCCGACUACGGCCGUGGCUGGUCGCCGCGCCACAUCGAGCUGCUCAAGUCGCUGAUCCUGCGCCGGGUGCUGCAGGCAAAGGUGGAGUACUACAGCUCGGUGGAGAACGUCUACUUCGUCACCCUGCGCCAGGAGGAUGGCUCCUCCGUCAACGCGGCUUUCAACGCCCAGGCCGAGAGCCUGCUGACCGGCUACUGCGAACAGGUCCGGGCCUGGCCCGACGCUCAGAAGCCCAGCGAGCUCCAGUGCGGCGGCGACUAUCUCAUAGGGGACCGGAGGACCGAGGGAAUCUCCUCCAAGACCAAGGAUCGCGUCCCUCUGCUGAAGAACGCCAAUCUCAAGAUCAACGCGUUUUAUGAUGUUCUAGUCGAAUUUGUGAAAGAUCCUUCAGAGUUUUGGAUACGAACCAUGGAAACGGCCAGCGAAUUUGAAAAGCUCAUGAACAGCAUUGCCAAGAAAUAUGCAAACGUGGGUCGAAAUGAAGGAUUAGUGAAAAAACCCGAACCUGGUUUGUUAUGUUGCGCUAAGUUCAAGGCUGACAACUUAUUUUAUAGAGCUGUUAUUACUGAGAUUCUUGAUGGCCACUUCAGGGUAUUCUUCAUUGAUUAUGGGAAUAUGGAAGUCGUUGGCUGGCAUGAUGUUAAGGUCUUGCUUCCAGAGUAUAGAAAAUUACCUGCCUUGGCAGUGAAGUGCUGCCUUGCUGAUCUCACACCAAAAGAUGGGAGCUGGAGUAGAGAAGCUAUUGCCUAUUUUGAAAAGGCAGUGUUUGAAAAGCAUCUGGUGGUUCACGUUUUAGAGAAGGAAAUGGACAAGUACUUGAUUGAACUUCUCGAUGUAGAAGAUGAGGGAGAACCCAGUGUGAAUAAAUUAAUCUUGCUGGCUGGUUAUGCUGAUCGCAAAGAACUUAAAAUUUCAAAUUUCAAUUCAAAGAACUUGGAUUUGUUGGGCCAUUUGUAUGUUUCUCAUUCAUCUGAAGAAAUUGUGCAUACACAUGGCAGAAAUAACAAAGAGAAAUUGGAACAAAGACCAAUGACUCCUGAAAAAAUUAGACCAUUUACAGAGUAUUGUGGAGCGUUGACAGCAGCCUUAAGUGAUUCUGUAACCACAUUAUUUUCCAGUCAAAGUGAAUUUGAUGGUGGCACAGCAACCCACCUGGAAUCUGCAAUUAUGGAGUCUCCCUAUAAACAAGAAUAUCUUAAAGUGGGAAGCACUGUGGAUGUACAAGUAUCUUACAUUGAUGAACCUGGUGACUUUUGGUGUCAAAUGACUAAAAAUACACAUGAGUUGAAAAUACUAAUGAGUAAAAUACAGGAAUAUUAUAAUACACAUGAAGAUAGUUUUCAGCCUGGUCAAUCUGCUUGUAUUGUACGGUACUCUGAAGAUGGAAAGUGGUACAGAGCACUAAUCCUUGGGAAAGUGACUGCGAUAGAAGUGGAUGUACUGUAUAUUGAUUUUGGAAAUAGAGAGAGAGUACCCAUAAGUGAAUUGCGUCUAAUAAAACCAGAAUUCCUCCUUUUCAGAGGUCAGGCAUUUAGGUGCAGUCUUUAUAACAUCAUUCAGCCCAUGGGUCCUGAUCCGUUCAUGUGGAAUGAAGAUUCAAUUGCUGCAUUUCAAGAAUUUAUUGAUAAUGCCUUAAGCUUGUACAUGGAGCUCAAAUGCACAGUAUAUGCAUUGACUGUUGUAGAAGGCAAAGGGCUGUGCAAUGUUGUAGAUUUGAAUACCCCUUUUCAGAGUGCUUGUCAGUUACUUAUUGAGCGAGGCUUAGCCAAGUUUGUAGGAUCACCUAGUAUUCUUGCCCCAUCAGUAAGCCUUUAUACCUAUUACUAUUCAACUCAUGACGUGAAAAUUGGUAGUGAAGAAGAAAUGUAUGUGAGCCAUGUUGCAAGCCCAACAAAAUUCUACUGUUUACUUGGUAGAAACCUUGGCAUACUAGAUAAACUUGCUGAUAAGGUUAAUAAACUGUCUUCUAAGAUGCAGGGGUAUACUUUUACGCAGGGGAUUGAUCCUAUCUGUCUUGCAAAAUAUACUGAUAAUCGGUGGUAUCGUGCUUUGGCAUGGCCUAUGCAAGAUAGAAUUCGGGUCUCUUUUGUAGACUAUGGCAAUAAAUUAGAUAUUGAUAAAGAUGAUUUGCUUCCAAUACCCAACAGUGCCAAAGAUGUUAAAUUUUUACCUAUGCAAGCAAUUAAAUGUGGUUUGUCUGAUAUACCAGUGGACCUAUCACUUGACAUUAUUAUCUGGUUUAAAAAGGCUGUAAUGGAUAAGCCUUUAAAAGCUGUAGUUGUAGCAAAAGAAACUGAUGGAAAACUGAUUGUUGAAUUAUAUGAUGGAAACAUACAAAUUAAUGCGAAGAUUAAAGAACAGUUAUGCCUGCAGAAUAUCAGUGAAAUCAAAAUAAAUGGAAAUACUGGUAGGCAAAAAAACAAAAAUGAAAAGUCUUGCACCCCAUACUUGAAGAGUGACCAUGACCAAUCCCCUCUUAAAAGACGUGCACUUGAGGACCAAGGUGAUAAUAGAGAUACCGAGAAGGUGACUAUCACUUGCAAGCAGGACAGGUGGAAAAACAGAACAGAAGUUAUUACACAGACUGAGGAGACUGGGAUAAAGAAAGGUGUUCACAACAAAAUGUAUACCAAGAAUACAAAAGAAUAUUUGGAUGUAAAAUCUGCUAUGGAAAUUAUCGAUCACAAAUUAGAUAGCAUUUUGGUUGAAAACUCCAUCAAAAAGAGCUCUGACUUAGAUAUAACUUGGCCUAAGUUGACAGACCUCCCACUGAUGACAUUAAGUAGUGGAUUUAAAAGUGAGGUAUCUGUCUCGCAUGUUAUCAGCCCAUCACACUUCUUUGUUCAGCUUCUCCAAAAUGAAGAUAAAGUAACUGCAAUGGAAGAAAAGUUGAAUGCAAGCAAUAUGAAUGACAGCAAAGUGGGAAGCUUUCAGAUUGGUAAUGUAGUAUGUGCAGAAUUUCCUGAAGAUGGAUCUCAAUACAGAGCUGUUGUAACUCAAGUUCAUGGUGAUACUGUUUCUGUUGAGUAUAUAGAUUAUGGUAAUACUGCAACGGUGGAUGCAUCAAAAGUUUUUCCUCUUCCUAAAGACUGCUUGGAAGUCUACCGGCUUAGUGUACCAUGCUUUCUUUCAGGAUUUCAGGAUUCGAGUUUAAAAGAAAAUAAAGAGGAAGCUGUCUCUGAAUUCAUAAAAAGAACAAAUAAAACUGGAAUAAUGUGUGAAUUUAUACAACCGUGUGGGCAACUGUGGGAGGUUAAUCUUCAUGAUGACCAGGGAUCAGUAGUUGAUUUGUUGAAUAACUUUGCAUUUAGAAAUGGUACACAGUAUUCUGAUCCCACUGAAUGCCCCAUAAGUGAUGUAAGAUCUGCUUCAAAGCUUCUUGCACAUGUCUCUGCAGUAAACUCUCCUCAGCAGUUUUGGUGUCAGUUUAAAACAACAAGUGAUGGCAUAUUUACUGAAGCUAUUGAGAAAAUGAAAGAUAACUGCCAUAAUUUAAUAUCCAAGGAUGAUUCCGCUCCUAAGGCUGGUGUUCUGUGUAUGGUGAAAAGUAAAACGAGUAAUAACUGGGCUACUUGUGAAAUUGUGCAAGUUUGUAAUAGAGGUGUUGAAGUACUCUUUCUGAAAGAAGGCAUAAGGGAAGAAGUAAACAAUGAAGACACAAAGGAAGUAACUCCUGCAUUUACAUUAACUUAUGAAUGUAAGUUGCAUGGCUUGUUUUCGGUUGAUGGAAAUAGCUGGUCUAAAGAAGCCACUGAAUUCUUUAAAGCUUUGGUUUUGCACAAAACUGUGACUGUUAAGGUGAUUAGUACUUCUGAAGAUAAUGUAUUGGAUGUGACAUUGUACGAUCACUUGGAUACAAUUGUGAGCAGCACACUGAUAUCCUCAGGAUUGGGUGUUGAAAAGCCAAAUGUGUGUGUAUCUGACAGAACCAGUUAUGGACGAUACAUCAAGAAACUUCCUUUAGUGGGUCAGACCAUUGAAGGAUAUAUAACUGCCGCAGAAAGUCCUAGUUAUUUCUGGUGUCAGUAUUCGUCCCCUGAAGUUCAAAUGUUAUCUAGAAAAAUGCAAGAAGUUGGAGUACUUGGUGUUACUAAUAGGGAAUUACUCUCUGACCUUUCAGUUGACGACAGCUGUUUUUGUAAAUAUUGUGAAGAUGGGCAGUGGUACAGAGCUGAAGUAAAAAAAGUAAAUGGAAACAUAAUAUCUCUACAAUAUGUUGAUUAUGGGAAUGAAGAUGAUGUUGGAAUAGAACAAAUGAAAAGAAUGCCCAAAGAGUUACUAAAGAUUCCCACGCAGUCUUUUCCAUGUUGCCUUUCAGGAUAUGAUUUAUCUAAAGGUUCUUGGAAAGACGGUGCUGUAGAUGCUCUCCUUCGUCUUUCAGAUCAGUUGUUAAAAAUUACUGUGGUAGCAAAUGAAUGUAAAGACACCAGUUUACCAUCUUUGUUAUUUGUCCAAAUUCAGUAUGUUGGUGGUGUAAUCAAUGAUAUACCCUGGUGGUUUGAAUCGAGAAGAUAA